AUGGCACGAACAAGCAUUCUUUCAGUUUUUCGCGUGAUUUUGACUUGUUGGCUUGGAUUUCAAGUUUUAAAAGCAACAACUCUUUUACAUUUUAUGGGCAGAAGGCAUGGUUAUUAUGAUUCAAAAGUCGCGUUCGUUAUUGGAGUUCAAACAAUCGCACCCCCAAUAGUUGUAAUAAAUGUGGUGACAUGGUUCGUUUUCUGGUUUGAUAAACAACAAUCAAAACUUCGUAAUUGGCGAACACCUGAACGCGAAUUAUUAUGGUGGUUAUGGACGACAGGAGUUUUUGGCGGAUGGCUUAGUAUGUUUGUUUGCCGUCAUAAAAUCCGAAAACAAAGUUUCAUAACGAAAGCAUUAUUAUUCACCGUUUUCAAUCUCACAUGGUUUCUCUUCUACUUGAUCUUGGACCUUCCAAAGAAGGCUUCCAAUAAAAGUCUCUCCAAAUAA